AUGAGAGAGGCAGUUCAGUUGCUGACUAGGGUGGUUUCUAUUCAUGAGCGACAACUAGAGUCAAGACUAGAUAUUCAGAGAGACCGGUCGGAAAGUUUGAAGGUACGAGAGUUUCUUCAUUUUUCCCCUCCGUUAUUUACAGGAUCUAGUCAUACUGAGGAUCCCCAGGACUAUAUAGAACACAUAUAUAGAGUAUUGAGGGUGAUGCAUGCCUCCGUCACAGAGGCUGUGGAGUUGGCUUCUUUUCGGCUACGUAAUGUAGCCAUCAUUUGGUAUGAGGCAUGGGAGAGAUCUAGAGGACUUGAUGCUCCGCCAGCAGAGUGGGAGGACUUCUCUGAGGUCUUCCUUUCCCACUAUUUGCCACGGGAAGUUCGAGAGGCCCGUCUUGACCAGUUUAUCAAUCUGAAGCAAGGAACCAUGAGUGUGAGAGAUUAUAGCCAUAUGUUUAAUUCUUUGGCAAGAUAUGCACCAGAUAUUGUACGUACCAUGAAAGCCAGAGUUCAUCGUUAUGUUGAUGGUUUGGCAGAUCAUUUGAUCAGAGAUUGUAGGGUAGCAUCCCUAUCAGAUGAUGUAGAUAUUUCCCGUAUUCAAGUUUUCGCUCAGACUAUAGAGGACCUUUCUAAACGGUUUCGUGAUACCCACAGGGAUAGGGAGCAGAGUAAGAGGGCCCGUACUAUAGGGUCUUAUAGGGAGCCACAUGGUGAUUUUAGUCCCCCUUUCCAUCGAUAUCCAUCUCGGCCAGCGGUGCGAUGUGAUCUAGCUCAGCCUUCAGGAUCCAUAACAACAUCUUCACCCUCAGUCUGUGCCCCACGACCAAGACCACAGUCUACUCAGGUUCGUGGUAGAGGGAGGGGUGAAGGAGAUACAGGUUGGAGCGGUGGUCAGAAUCACUUUUAUGCACUCACAAGACGACAGGAUUCAGAGGCAUCCCCUGAUGUUGUUACAGGUAUAUUGACGAUAUCUUCUCAAGAUGAUUACGCAUUAUUAGACCCUGGCUCUACAUUUUCAUAUAUCACUCCAUUCAUUGCUAGUAAGAUUGACAUGAAAUCUGAGUUUUUGCCACAACCAGUUGAGGUGUCUACACCGGUUGGCAAUUCUAUUUUAGCUAGUCGUGUCUACCGAGGUUGUACGGUGUUAAUUAAUGAUCGUCCAACCUCCGCUGCUUUAGUUGAGUUGAUUAUGCUAGAUUUUGAUGUUAUCAUGGGUAUGGAUUGCUUGGCAGCUUGCUAUGUUAGUAUUGAUUGUCGUGCAAAGAUAGUCCGAUUUUACUUUCCUGGUGAGCCAGUCCUUGAGAAUUCCCCAGAAAGGGAAAUUGAUUUUGCUAUAGACUUGCUUCCUGAUACGCAACCUAUAUGGAUUGCUCCCUAUAGAAUGGCACCUGUAGAACUAAGGGAAUUGAAGGAACAACUGAAGGACUUGCUCGAUAAAGGCUUUAUCAGGCCAAGUACUUCCCCAUAUGGUGCCCCAGUGCUCUUUGUUCGAAAGAAAGAUGGAUACUUGCGGAUUUACCAUCAGUUGCGAGUCAGAGAAGUUGAUAUCCCAAAAACAUCAUUUAGGACGAGGUAUGGCCAUUUUGAGUUCCUUGUCAUGUCUUUUGGGCUUAUAAAUGCCCCAGCAGCUUUUAUGGAUCUUAUGAAUCGGGUCUUCAAACCAUUCUUGGAUGAAUUUGUGAUUAUGUUUAUUGAUGAUAUUCUUAUAUAUUCACGGUCGGAAGCAGAGCAUGCAGACCACUUGCGAGCUGUAUUGCAGACUCUCCAAGAUUGCAGGUUAUAUGCUAAAUUAUCUAAAUGUGAUUUUUGGCUUACCUCAGUAGCUUUUCUUGGUCAUGUUAUUACAAGUGAGGGUAUUAAGGUUGAUGGACAAAAGAUUGAAGCAGCGAUGACUUGGCCGAGCCCCUUUCAUGCGACGGAGGACUACGAUAUUGACAUUUUAUAUCAUCCCGGCAAAGCUAAUGUUGUUGCUGAUGCGCUUAAGCGGAAGUCCAUGGGUAGUCUAAGUCAUGUUGAAGCUGAUAAGGCUAGAAUUACGAAAGACAUAUGCCAUCUAGUUAAUUUGCAAGUACUCUUGGUAGAUGCAGGAGGCGGAGGUGUUGUCGUUAAGAAUAUGGCAGAAUCUUCCUUUGUGACUGAAGGUCAAAAGGCAGCAACAUGA